UAACACUCAAAGACUCCUCCCCCACCGUAUUGCCGACUAAUGCCCCGUGGUGGGUAUGAGCCACGGGGUGAAAGAAUCGCAGCAACGCGGCCUCGCGUGUCCGGCCACCAGAAGAAGAAGAACAAGAGGAACGACGAGCAAGUCAAGCCUUGCUCAAGCGACGGGUGCACCGGCGCAAGGUUCGUCGUCGUCGUGAGAGCGUUCGCCCACACCAGCCGAUCACUGCGAGAUGGCGGGCGAUGAAGACGAUAGCAAGGAGGAGGACGACAAGAGCGACGAGCAGGGCGACGACGACAAGAAGGAGGACGAGGAGGACGAAGACGACGACGCGGGCGGGGACAAGGACGGCGCCCUGGGGGAGAAGAAGAAGCCGCCGGACUCCAUGAUGGUGCAGAGGAAGUCCGUCAGCCGAUCCGGAGCUGCGGGUAUCGCCGCCCAGCAUAUCGCCGAAGGCGCGGACCAGAUGCAAAUGGCGAUGACCGUCGUGGGUCUCGCGGUCUUCGUCAUCAUCAUCCUCAGCGUCGGCGGUUUCGUCUUCUGGAAGGUCUUCUUUUCGUCAGCAAGCGAAUCCGCGGAACAGCCGCCGAUCGAGGAAGUGGCAACGGAAAAUAGCAGCGGAGGAGUUGUUCCAUUCCACGAAAUGCCGGAACGAGAUUUCUGGGACAGCUCCGGAACGCCACCAGUCUCCAUCGUGUUCGCAGAGGACGUCGAAAGCGUCGAAGAGAAUGUCCAAGUCGAACCCAGGAACAUAAGCGGCUUAGAAGAUCCGUCAGCAGUCGUGCUGGAUUACGUGUAAUGGUACGGUCGCCGGCGACGUUGACGCCUACAAUAGUGGAGCCCGCGCAGCGUUUGGCGGCGCCAUCGCCAAUGCGUUCUCUCUUUACGUUUUCUUUAAUGUUAAUUACUUGUCUAUAUCUAACGUACGUCAUCAGCGAUAUUGUUGUAAAUAAAAAGAAAUGCUAAAUGUAA